UAUUAGUGGAAGUGUUAUCACAUGUGCUCUCAUUUGGACAUUCAUUUCAUGAUCAGUCGGUGUCUGUGUUGACCACAAAUCAGUCAUACGUUGCAUACAAUGCCCUUCGGAGGACCCAUUCCUCGUAAGUCUGGUGCCGGCGGUGGCAGGGGUUGGGUGUCUAAAGUCAAGUCCCUAUACAAUGAUCCCUUCAAGUGGCAAUUAGUGAAGAGUUGGGUGUUCUUUGGCGCCGGCAUUGUCUUCGCCCGAGAGUUGGCUGCAAUUGAUUUGACUCCCAAUGCGUUACCAAAUGUGUGAUCACAUGAAACACCGUGUCAUUGGUUGUCAUAUGUCUAAGACUCAGCUUUUUUUGUAACUAAAUGUAACAAUUAUUUCAUUGAAAUGUCGUUAAUAUG